ACGCUUCCGUUCUACGUCAUCAACGGGCGUCGGAGGCGCGGGAGCGUUCGUACAUGUAAAACAGGACAUUUUGAAUUUAAACAACGCGAAUAAAGUCGUUGAUUAAACACCGGCUUCGCUUCUCCGCUGCAGUCCCUGGAGACUAGAACGCUCGUUUUAAACCGUAUUUCUAGUUUAUUCGUUGUUGUUUUUAAACCGUUAGCUCUCGGCUAGCCUCAGCUAGCGUUACUUUAGCUUCACGGUUUGUCGCUUCCGUGUCCGCUGGUCUCCGUGUUGUGGUCCGUUCACGGGGUUCGGGUUCAGAUACAUCUGCCUCUGCAGGUCGCCAUGUCGCAGAGAAAGCGGCUGUCCAACACGCAGAGCUCCUCGCAGAACAAGAGACAAUCGGGCACCUCGGCGGCGGAGGAAAAUGACGACAGCACCUUCACGCAGCCGAGUAUGUCUCAGGUCCAGAAGGGGAUGGAGAGGCUCACACCUGCACAGGUCGACCAGAAGACAGCGGAGGUUGUGCAGUACUUCCUGGUGAAGGACCAAAAGAAGAUUCCGGUACGGCGAGCAGAUCUGGUGAAACACGUGGUGAAGGAGUACAGAACCAUUUACCCGGAGAUCAUGAAGCGAGCGGCACGCACCUUUGACCAGGUGUUUGGCCUCAAAAUGAUUGAAAUCGACGCAAAAAACCACAUGUACAUACUCAUCAACAAGUUGGAGCCAGUUGGCGAAGCCUCGGCCAUCAAGAAGCCGACCAAUCCAAAGAUGGGCCUCCUGUUUGUGAUCCUGAGUGUCGUUUUUAUGAAAGGGGGCGUUGUCAGAGAAAACGUGAUCUGGAGCACCCUGAAGAAGCUCCGCGUGGACCCCGGAGAGAAACACGACGAGUUUGGCGACGUGAGGAGAGUCGUCACAGACGAGUUUGUGCGUCAAAGGUACCUGGAGUACGUGCGGAUCCCCCACACAGAGCCGGUGGAGCACGAGUUCCGAUGGGGCCAGCGUGCCGACGUGGAGGUGUCCAAGACCAAAAUCCUGGAGUUCAUGGGUCAGCUGCACGAGCAGGAGCCCCAGAGCUGGAGCCAGCAGUACAGAGAAGCCCACUCGGGGGCCGGCCCCUCGCAGCCCGGCAGCAGCAGCCAGAGAUGAUCAGUGUUUCAUCACGUGCUGCUCCAGUCAAACUCUGCUUACGCUGCAUAUUUGUACAUCCAUACUUCAGCUUUUUGUUAAGUAUGAGUCAAAAUGUUGAAGUCACUCAUUUAUUGAGGUGUUUGUGUGUUUUUAUUGUAUUGCCUGAAGGUUACAGCUCACAAAUGUUCACCUUUUCCACAUUAUCAGCAUUUUUGUUUCAGGAGGGAUGAAGUGACUGACAUGUGCUGGUUCCAUUCAACGAAAAUAAAAAAGUUCCCUGAGAAGACCGUAUGGUUAUUA